AUGGUAACCUUAUUGGGACGUUCAUGUGCUGUGAGGGUUUGCACUUUUACGAUUUCAAUAUAUUGUCUAUUUUUAUUUUUUACUUUAAAUCUAUUAAUCUGUUUUAGGUCUAAUCAAUCGAAAUCGUAUCAUGUACAACGUGCACAUAAAAAGAAGGAGUAUGUGUGUGAUCUGUGCAAAAAAUGUUUCAGUUCGCACAAUUCGAGAUGGAAUCAUGUACAACGUGAACAUAAAAAGAAGGAGUAUAUAUGUGAUCAGUGCGGAAAAUGUUUCAGUUCGUACCAAUCAAAAUGGCGACAUGCACAAUAUCAUAAGAAAGAAAACUUAGUGUGUGAUUAUUGUGGAAAAUUCUUCAGUUCGUACAAAUCGAAAUGGAAUCAUGUACAACGUGAACAUCAAAAGAAGGAGUAUGUGUGCGAUCAGUGCGGAAAAUGUUUCAAUUCGUACUCAUCGAGAUGGCAUCAUGUACAACGUGAACAUAAAAAGAAGGAGUACGUGUGUGAUCAGUGCGGAAAAUGCUACAGUACCAAAAAGAAUUUACGUUAUCACAUUUCGACGCAUUUGCCAGUGGAGACUCGCAAGUAUCAGUGCGAUAUAUGCCAGAAGAAUUCCCGUCAUUUGGCCUCCAUGAAACGUCAUCGAAUACUUAAGCACUUUAAGAAUAAAAACAAACAUGCAAAAAAUACACUAUCCAAAAAUAUACUGUGUAACAGAGAGAACUUCGUGUGUGAUUAUUGUGGAAAAUGCUUCAGUGAUAAAAGCAAGUUGUGUGUUCACAUUUCGACGCAUUUGCGAGUGGAAGAUCGCAAGUAUCAGUGCGAUAUAUGCCAGAAGAAGUUUAUAACAAACUCUAAUCUCACUGUACACAAGCGUAUUCAUAGUGGAGUACGGCCUUACAAAUGCGAUGUAUGCUCGUUCAGUUUCCGUCACACGGACUCCUUGAAACGUCAUCGAAUGGCUAAGCACUUUAAAAAUGAAAACAAACAUGCAAAAAAUACACUACCCAAGAAUAUACUGUGUAACAGAGAAUACUUUGUGUGUGAUUAUUGUGGAAAAUGCUUCAG